GAAAUUAUGAUCACAGAUGAAUAUACUUAAAAGACAUCUUAGAGAAUAGUAUAACACGACAUUUUGUACGAGUCUUGUAGUAUUUCGACAUGCCCGUAGGGCAACUUCAAAUGCAGAUACUAAGUGAUAUUUCACUAUGAUAUGGUUAUAAUCCAACGUCAUUCUUUCCAAAAUUCCUAACUUUGAAUGUGCGUGGUCAGAACGAAAGCAAGGGCCACAGAAAACUUGUCUUUAAGAGAAGAAAUACAAAUAUUUUCACUCUACUGAGAGGAGACAGGUGAAAAAGCAAAUUAGUCUGUCAGCCAGAGUGUUUUAUCGAUUACCUUUCUGCUAUUUCCUGUUGAACCAGGUAAAACUUAUACUGCUCUGAGGCUAUCAUAAAGUCAUGAAAUAAGUCUCUUAUUCACCACGCUGGCACGUUAUAGUGUCAAGACCUAGGGCUGACAUUAUCCCAUUACGGCCCUCACGCUAGGUUAAUGCGAAAUAAAAUUAAUUGCCUGCGUGCCGUGCGCGUAAAAAUCGAUUAAUCAAUCCAUAUUUUCUUCUUAUAGCUUUGCCAAAUUAUUCCUAGUCCUCUUCCUAUCUUCAAAUUUGAAAAUUAUCACGAAAAGUUGGGCAGUAGGAUUUUGAAUUAAACCUUCUUGAAACUUCUUGAGAAAGUUUCCUGAAAACGACGGUUUUUGAAGUGCUUGGGUUUGUUUAGAACAUACAUUUAGCCUUGGGCACUUAAUUCAGAGCAAAAAUUCAAAACACUAGUCAAUGAGAUCUGCAUUUCUGUUUGAUAUUAUCAUAUUUAUUUCAAGCAAGAGGAGAACUUACAUUGAUUGGUGAGAUAAUAUACUGUAACAUUUCGCUAGUAAUCCCCAGUGUUUUAAUAUUUAUUCAAUGGCCCUUUUUAGUAACCAGUUGUUUUGGAGUGGAUCCGCAUUUUCAGAAGGAAUUUUGUGUUUUCAUACAUGAUCGGGGUUUGUCUGUUGGGAGGGAAUUAUUGUUUUAGGCUCAUAAAUGAAUACUGCAUGAUAAUAACUCUCCAAACACCGCCAUCUGGAAAACAAAACCAGCUUUACAAUCACCAGAAAAACUUCAACAGUUUUAGAAAUAUUGUUCCGGCGUAAAAUACAAAACUGCCCCAUGAUUCUGGAGUUAAACAAUUGAAAGAUUUUUUAUUGUUUUUUUAAGAACUAAAGCAAAAUGUAAAAACCUAGUGAGGUGUCUUCGGGAUAGCUUAAAUUUUGGAAGAAUUCUUGCGUCCUAUUGGGCUCUUCAUUCUUAGGUUUUACGGUUACACAGUUAACUUUGCGGUAGUUAGCCUGAAUAUAGACAAAAAUACAUUUUGUUCCAGCCAUUCAGGUGAGCGACUGUGUACUUAGUUGUUGCUAUACACACAUACAGUUUGUUCAAUCGAGGUUUUUUUUAAAAUCCUCCGGCUUUUCUCCACAUUUCGUCCAUUUAUUUGUUUUGUCGAGUUAAAUUUUGUGUUCACAAACAGCGCCUAAUGUUUCGACUCGAAGAGAUCACAAUACAACAUAGUUUGCAUUUGAUGAGAAUAAAUGAAAAAUUCAGUUGAAAGGUUCUUUUUAUAAACAUCAGUGCUCGCUAAAGAUCAAUGCAUUUAUAUUAUUAAUAUUCUUAAUCGAUCCUUUCCAAAAAACUUUCUCCCAACAACACAAGUCUUUCCGGCUUCAGUUUACCAGAUUAUUAGCAAGUUGUGGAUCAACAGAUAUCGUCUUAUGUAACCAAAUACACCUUCUGUGUAAUCAUGCAUUAAUCAUUCAAACUGAAAAGCUUUUUAACAAUCUUAGUGCUGGGUUUAUAGAUACUUUCUGAAAUGGCUGUAGCUAGCACUUAAAAAUCUGCAAAUCGUUUUAACUGGCUAGGAUUAAUCGUUAAAGAUGCCGAUCGAUCUCCUCGCCGUGCUAACCCUCUUCAAGACAGGUCUUACGCAAACUUCCCUCUUCGUGACAAAUAUUGAUAACAGACGUUAAAGAUCAUUUUGGAUAUGGAAAUGUUUGUCCUCUAUGACGUUUGCAACGAAGCGCUGUGACAUGUUAUAUAAUUUGCUAACAGGACUUACUGCGUGGGAACCGUGCCAAUCAUGUAAUACGCGUUUUAUGGACCGCAUCAGAUCACCACGCAACCAGAACGAAACUCUGGCUCUAUUGAACAACUUGUCAGCCGCAUGUUUCCGUUAGGACAUGACCCUCAGGGCACGACGCACAAAAACGUCAUUAAGUAUUUUUUCCUAGUUUUCAUGUUCUAAUAGUGAAACAGCCUUUUCGGGCCUUUACGAAACCUGUUAAAAAUCUUCGUUAAUUUGCCUCAUAUUUUUUUUCCCAAGCGUGAUAAUGAAUUAAGUACCCUUACGGCUAUCAGUUAAGUUUUACCAUAACAACGGCUAGCAUGCUGUAACGCUUAACGCUUUCAAUUUGCAAUGCAUGACUUACUGUUUGACAAAUACGAUGACAGUUCAGCUAAAGAAUUAGCAAAGUGUUAUACUGCAGUCAUUCAUUUUGUUUUUGUUUGCGGCAAAACGACGCGUACUUAUCAUACAGAUCUUGAAUGUGGCCUGCGAACAACAGUUACUCAGUUUGAAAAUUAGUGAGGCAUUCUCCGGUAAACUUCAACAACCUCUUUAGAAAGGAAAGCAGUUCAACGGAGAAUUUUCAGCGUGUAGGAUGUCGAACACAGGCCCUCGCCUACAGCAGUCAUUUCCCAUCAAACCAGUGGCUUUGUUGAGGAGCCCUUCAGAACACGAGACAUUUUCAUUCACAUACGACAACUUGUACAAAUGUUUGUACCAGCGUAACGAAUCAGAAGAUCAGACCACGCCAGGGAACUUGAACGACUGUACUGAACGCAGAGGUUCUUUGUCACCUUCAAAAACCGGUGAGAAGGAACAGGCCGAGAAGCUCACUUUCGCUAAAAAGUCUUGUCCAAAAGAACUGGAGCUGUGCACAUCAAGCAUCGGUUUUAAACAUGGGAUCCGCACAAAACAAGUUAUUCCUGAAGGGACCUGGAUGGGCCCUUAUCAAGGAGACCUAGUGAAAGCCAGUGACACCACUGCCGAAACAGAUACGUCAUAUAUGUGGGAGAUUUACGAAAAUGGUAAAUUGUUACACUACGUGGAUGGCAAAGACGAGAACACUUCCAGCUGGAUGCGUUUUAUUUGCUGCGCGCGACACAAAGGAGAACAAAAUCUUUUCGCUUUUCAAUAUAACAAGGAAAUUUACUACAGAGCGUUCUAUGACAUUCCUGCCGGAACUGAACUUCUCGUUUGGUACGAGGACACAUACCCACAGUAUAUGGGGAUACCGCUGAAGAUAACCGAUAUAGGAUUGCAGGCUCACAGUACAAAUAAUGCCAUACAUUUUCAAGCACCGACUGAGCUUCAAAGACCAAAGCAAGACUCUAGCCGGAAAAACGCCGAAGCGCGGCGUCCUAACUCAACACCCAUCAAAAGUUCAAGAUCAGCGUUUGUGUCAGCACGUCCAGGAUACCACCACAAUCCGUUCUCCAAUUCUCAAACUGUGCGCAUGCGUAGGAAACGAGGCAUGAAUCAGGCAGGUCAUCGUGGACAGCUGGUCCCAGUCUCCCAGCGGAGAACCAUUGUUAUUAACAGAGCCCACGAUGCCCCUGAUCCGUUUUGCAUUUUAACGAGAACAAAGUGACAGGAGACUGAUCUUACUUUGACAGUUCAAUGUACGCAUGAGCAGUCCCUCCUCUUUAAGUGUAGAAAUGGUCUUUUAACGAGCGAUAGUUUUGUAUAUUAAGAGACAUUAGUAGAAUUCUGCUAAUGUACUAUGCUGUUAUCUGAUUGGUUGAGCUAUCAAACUCUAUCAGCCAUUACUGUGGAGUGGUUGGAGGUCACGGUUGUCUACAAAAUGGCGACAUUUUCUCGUUUCUCAGAAGUUUCAUUCAAUCCGCGACUUAUGUAAAAACUCGUCAUCUACAUGUAAAGGAAAUUUAGUUAAAAUUGUACUAAAACAAUUAAUUAUUCGCUCUUAUUUUCUGAGCUGACUCGGCUUCAUCACCUGAUAGGAAUCUUGAGCUCGUAAUCUAAUUGUUAACUAGAAGAUUUAGUCUGUUAAAUUUGGAUCGAAAUAUCAAAACCUGAGUUUUAUGCGUAAUGCAAUUUUAUCAAUUUGAGGUUAGUACCUCGAGCAAACGUAACUCAAAAUAACACCUUUAAAAUGGCUUUAAAGCAUUGGUUUAGUGAUAAUUAACAAACUUGGACCAUGAUAUUUCAAGUUUCUAUUGACAUAAA